UAAUUAUGGCAAAAUUUCAGACCUUCCAUAUUUGAUCACAACAUUCAUGAACUUUGGGUUUGAACUUUAACCCAUUUUUUCCACCCAAAUUCUACCCGUCAACGGUCAACGGAGAGAGAGAAACAGAGGAGAAUGUGGUUGUUUAGCAGAAAAGGGUCAUCAGGAUUCUCAGGAAAUUCAACAGCUGAGGAAGUUACAGCGGGGAUUAAUGGCGAUGGUCUUACUGCCAUUGUUACAGGAGCAACAAGUGGAAUUGGAGCUGAAACUGCUCGGGUUCUUGCACUGCGUGGGGUCCAUGUUAUUAUGGGGGUACGGAAUAUGGCUGCGGCCAUGGAGAUAAAAGAAGCAAUGGCAAGAGAUAUCCCUUCUGCAAAAAUUGAUGCUAUGGAACUAGACCUCAGCUCUAUGGCUUCUGUGAGGAAAUUUGCUUCAGAAUACAAAUCUUCCGGCCUUCCACUUAAUCUGCUUAUUAACAAUGCAGGCAUAAUGGCUACCCCUUUCAUGCUUUCCAAGGACAAGUUUGAGCUACAAUUUGCAACCAACCAUUUAGGCCACUUUCUUUUGACAAAUUUGUUGCUCGAGAGAAUGAAAAAGACUGCAGUAGAGAGUAAUAGAGAAGGAAGGAUUGUAAAUGUAUCAUCACGACGCCACCAGCUAUCAUAUCCUGAAGGAAUUCGGUUUGACAACAUCAAUGAUCCCUCAGGGUACAGUAGCCUACCUGCCUAUGGCCAGUCAAAGCUUGCAAAUGUUUUACAUGCUAAUGAACUCGCGAGGCAUUUAAAGGAAGAAGGGGUGGAAAUAACAGCCAAUUCAGUUCAUCCAGGAGUUGUUGACACUGAUAUUUUUCGACAUCACAAACUUUUUAGAGGUCUAGUUAAUCUAGUUGGUCGAUGCAUCGUCAAAAGUGUCCAACAGGUUCUAGCAUAGAAGUUUUGAAGUUGGAAGGGAGGCACCCAAUCAGAAGACAAUUUCAAAGUUAGAAAGGUUUGAUCCAUAUACAGAUCUCUCAAACUUGAGAGAUUAGCAAAGUGACUUUCAGACAAAACAACUGCUUCCAAAGGAUUAUUGGAAAUGUCCAAGUAUUCCAUGGAUGAUAACAUUCCUAGAGAAGUUGAGAUCUCACCUGAUAUUUUGUUGUUGGAAAUGUCUAAGUAUUGAAUGGCUGAUAACAUUCCUAGAGAAGGUGGGAUCUCACCUGAUAUAUUGUUCUCAUUGAGAAAAAGGGAUUUUAGGCUUCGAAACUCCUCUCCUAACCAAGAAGGCAUCCUACCACUAAUUGAAUUUUGAGACAAAUCUAGCAUUUCCAUGUCAAAAUGGGUGCAAAUGGUUCUGGAUAUAUUUUCACGACCUUCCAACAACUUGCCUUGGAACAUAUUGCCGUUCAGAUCAAGUGAUCUCAAGUUGCAUAGGUUGCGUACGAGGCUCCAAAUAUUUCCUCCUUCAACACCAGUGAAACUAGAGUAUGCUAAGUACAAGUGUACAAGGCUUUUAUGUUCACCUAUCCAAAGUGGGAUUUGGGAUCCAAAAUUAUUAAGUGAAAGAACAAGGUAUAAAAGAUGGAAUUUCUCCCUCCAAGUUAUUAGUUGAAAGGUCAAGGUAUUCAAGGGAGGUCAAGUAUUGUAUAAAAGAUGGAAUUUCUCCCUCCAAACCAUUACCACUAAGAUCUAAUUUACGGAUAGAUAGUGGAUGUGAAGCAAUUGAUGGAUUCUUCAAGUUCAACUGGGUGGUUAUUAAGCUACACACAGAUAAAUCCAAGACUCUUAAAUAAGGAAGUGGCUCAAUAAGUGAAUCUAUCAAGCUAUUGACCCGACUUAAAUUCGUACCAGGUAAAGCUAGGUGACGCAAUUUCCGAAGAUUCGAAGCCCAUUUCAAACUAUUUGUAAAUAAAUUGGUUCGGUAAUAAUAUUUUAGAUCGAGGACUUGCAAGUUAGUGAGAUUACCAAGUUCAUCAGGAAUUUUUCCGUAAAGGGGAUUACUCAUAUAUGAGAGGUUCAGAUACCUUAGUUGCUUCAUUAAACCCAUGAAUUUCGGGAUUUUGCUACUACCGAAGUCGUUACCGCUUACAUCAAGAUGCUCAAGAUGAUUCAACUCCAACAAAUAUACCAAAGACGACUCCAUCUUUCGAGCUUCAAACAAGUUAUCACAUGUAAAUUCAUCCCCCGGGCAACUUCCAUGGAGACGAAGUUUGGUGACGUGACCGGUAGUAGGAUUACACGUAACCCUACGCCAGCUGCAGCAAUCCUCGCCUUCCCAAGAAGAUGAAACAAAUUGGUCAUAGAAGGUAACACUGCUCUUGAAGUCGAGCAGUGCCUUCCUUUCAGCAGGCUUACACCCCAACUUCAGCAAAUGACUGUUGUUGGAGUACAUGCCACAACUAUACAACUUCAUAUUUUCCAUUAACAAAACAAAAAGGAGUAUAAUAGUAAGCAAAUAAUUGAUUUGCAAUUUCACCAUUUUUUUUUGGGAGGGAAUGUCUACAGCAAAUACACUAAGACAAUGCUAAUAACAGUAUUUUUUGAGAGAUGAUUUUCUGUGAUGCAAAAUUAUGCAACUGCCAAUCAGACUUUAUACUAUUACUCACUGACUUUAUAGUUUCA